AUGACAUUCAUCAAACUGGACAACGCGCUGAACCUGACAAUGAAGGUGCUACUAUCGAUCAAGGCGUCGCAGAUCGAGGAGGCAGUGUCGAGAGUCGACAAAGACCUGAUCGACGUGCUCAUGAAGUACAUCUACAGAGGCUUCGAGAUGCCAUCAGAAAAGAGCAGCGGCCAUCUGCUUAUGUGGCAUGAGAAGGUGUUCGCGGUCGGUGGAAUGGGCAGCAUUGUCAGAGUGCUCACGGACAGUAAACGAAUCUGAGUAAAUCAUCCAUACUAUAUCUAUGCAUUUUAUCUAUAUGUUUAUAUUUGUUGUAUUAAUAAAUUAGUUUAAUCUCAGA